AAAACGAGUCGAAAGAAAAACCAUGCUAUAUAAAGGAGAGAGAACUGCAAAGAAUGAUUAACAUAAGUACAAAAACAUCAAUCGGCUCUCUCCCAAUAGAAAAAAAAGGGUUGGAACCCUUUUUCCCAUUUGUCUAGUUUGGAAUUCAUAUAUUUUUUUCCAAUCCCAUUUUAUAGAAGAUCAAAGACCAAAAAGGUUGUAUCUUAGAAGUGAAGAAGAAGAAGACCAAAGAAACAAUAAAAAGAUUGUUGUUUAAAAAUGGCAGUCAAGAAAAGCACAUGGAGAUCUUUAGUCACGAGUUGUUACACGGCCGAUUGCGCCCCCACGAAGCCUAAAAAAACUGUAACGAAAACGUCGUCGUUUCAGAGACUUUCUAUGUCGGAUUUGAGUAAUCCCAGCUCGACACUUUCGGAAGAUCUCUCCAUAUCUCUUGCCGGUUCUAAUCUCUACGCGUUCACAUUUGCCGAGUUAAAGGUCAUAACCCAAAGUUUCUCGUCUAGUAAUUUUAUCGGUGAAGGUGGGUUCGGCCCGGUCCACAAAGGAUUCCUCGACGAUAAGAUUAGGCCCGGUUUGAAGGCCCAAUCGGUAGCAGUUAAGAAUUUGGACUUGGAUGGAACUCAAGGCCAUAAGGAGUGGUUGACUGAGGUGAUUCUUCUUGGUCAAUUGAGGCAUCCACACCUUGUAAAGCUUAUUGGGUAUUGCUACGAAGAUGAGCAUAGACUACUCGUCUAUGAGUACAUGCCAAGAGGAAGCUUAGAGAAUCAACUAUUCAGAAGAUAUACUGUUUCUCUACCAUGGUCAACGCGGAUGAAAAUAGCCCUUGGAGCUGCAAAGGGUCUUGCUUUCCUACACGAAGCUGAAAAAUCAGUCAUAUAUCGUGACUUUAAGGCUUCAAACAUUCUACUAGACUCGGAUUACACUCCAAAGCUCUCUGAUUUUGGGCUCGCAAAAGAUGGUCCCGAAGGAGAUGACACCCACGUGUCAACUCGAGUUAUGGGCACCCAGGGUUAUGCUGCUCCUGAAUAUAUCAUGACAGGUCACUUAACAGCAAUGAGCGAUGUUUAUAGCUUCGGCGUAGUACUGUUGGAGCUAAUAUCAGGAAGAAAAUCCUUAGACAAAAGCAGGCCGAAUAGAGAACAUAAUUUAGUAGAUUGGGCCAGGCCCAUGUUGAUGGAACCCAGAAAGCUUAGCAGAGUAAUGGACCCAAGACUGGAAGGCUUAUAUUCCGAAACUGGAGCAAGAAAAGCUGCAGCAUUGGCUUACCAAUGUCUGAGUCAUCGGCCCAAACAUCGGCCCACGAUGAGCACAGUGGUCCAAACUCUGGAACCACUGACCGAUUUCGAUGACGUGUCAGCGCCUUUUGUAUACACAGUUCCAGCUGAGAGUAAAAAUGAAGAUGGUACUAAAGAAAAUGAAGAGAAUAAAGAAGUAAAAAAGGAUAAUGGGCAAGGUCACCAUCAUAAUAACCAUCCACUUCACCAUGGUCAUAACAGGAAUCGUAUAAGGUCACCAAACUCUCCAAAAUUUUACUCGGAAAAUGGGGUGAGACAGUACCAUAGAAGUGGUUUGAACUCUCCAUUACACGGUCACCAUAGAGCAAAGGGAGUUUAGAUUACUGUGAUUAGAAAACGUUCGUGACAUAUACUGUAAAUAGAGAGAAGAUAUAUGUUUAUUUUUAUUAUUGGCUAUAUAUGAAGUGUAAAUCUGAGUUAGCUCUUUUGUGAAGUAAUUUUUUUUAUCUAUUUUUUUGAAAAUUGAAAAAUACAAUUGAAUUGUUCAUGGAAAAUGUGAUUAAUAUAAUUUUUUUU